CAAAUUUAUUACGUCAAAAUUUUCACCUUUCCGCGAAAUACCAUAGUUUAAAAACAUUUCUUUAAAAAUGUUCAAAUUAAAUAAAUCUCUCACAAAACAUUUAAUUUUAAAUAGAAAUUUCAAAAACUACGUUUCAACAUGGUCACCAUUGGCAACAGCAUUCAAUUCACCGCCACAUAAAAGAAUUAAUCUAACACGCAAUGAUGUGGGAUUAUUCAAUUUACCUGAAUUAAAAUCCUUCGAAGGAUUCUACCUUUUGAAAGACAAUGUUGGCAAUAAAACAGAUGACCUAAUCCAAGAAGCCAUCUCACAAAAUCGCUCUAGGAAAAUGGUGGAAAUUUUUGAUGAACUCUCUGAUUCCCUCUGCAAAGUUGCUGAUCUAGCUGAAUUCAUCCGCAUUGCCCAUCCACAAAGUAAAUAUUCGCAUGCAGCUGAAGAGGCUUGCAUAACAAUAAGUGGAAUUGUUGAAAGCUUAAACACACAUAAACCUAUCUUUAAGGCGCUACAGGGUGUUGUUGAAAACGGUGACAUCAUGCCAACCACAGAAAUCGAUCGUCACGUAGCCAAGUUGUUCCUAUUUGACUUUGAACAAUGUGGCAUACAUCUGCCGGAAUCUGAGAGACAGAAAGUAGUCCGACUAAACGAUGCAAUUCUUCAAUUGGGUCAGAAAUUUAUGCAUGGUGCAGUCAAUCCGUCAGCGAUUCCAAGAAAAAGUGUUGCAGAUGCUAUAGCUCAUAUAUUUCCCUCUGAUGGAGAUAAUUUGUAUAUAUCUGGGCUAUAUACAAAUUCUUCCAGUGCUCAGGCUAGAGAGGCAGCUUAUAGGCUCUUCCUUCGACCCAUUGAGAGUCAAGAGGAACUUCUUUCCGAUCUCAUUGCUUGUAGAUAUCAAUUAGCAAAAACUUGUGGAUUCGAAACAUAUGCACAUAGAGCUUUGAACUCUAGCACCGUAGAACAUCCAACAAUGGUUAAACAAUUUAUUGACGAAUUAUCAGAUGAGUUGCGACCCAGAGCUGAAAGUGACUUUCAAAUUAUGGACAAAAUGAAGAAAAAGGAUAGCAUAAAUUCCAAUGCAUCUUUAGCUGCAUGGGAUACACCCUAUUUCACUUCUGUGGUUAGAAAACAAUGGCUCAAUGCAAGUUCAAAUGAAUUUUUACCAUACUUCAGCUUAGGCGGUUGCAUGGAAGGUUUGGAUAACCUAAUGAAAUCACUAUAUGGUGUCAGCUUACAAAAUACAGAAGUUGAACCUGGUGAAGUAUGGAACAAUGACAUCUACAAACUAUCUGUUGUUCAUGAGACUGAAGGCCUUUUGGGUUACAUUUAUUGUGAUUUCUUUGAACGCAAUGGAAAACCAAAUCAGGACUGCCAUUUUACAAUUCAAGGAGGAAAGAAAUUAUCUGAUGGAAGUUAUCAGCUACCAAUAGUAGUUGUCAUGUUGAAUUUAAGUCCAGCCCGAUGGACAGGGCCAACACUCUUGUCACCGUCUCGUGUAGAUAAUCUGUUCCAUGAAAUGGGUCACGCAAUGCAUUCGAUGUUGGGUCGAACUGAAUAUCAACAUGUGACGGGAACACGUUGUAGUACUGAUUUUGCUGAGGUGCCAUCAGUCCUUAUGGAGUACUUUGCAAGUGAUCCGAGGGUAUUGAAAACAUUUGCAAAACACUAUCGGACACAUGAACCAAUGUCAGAGGAAAUGUUACAACGAUUGUGUGCAUCGAAAAAUAUCUUCUCGGCAAGUGAAACACAAUUGCAGGUGUUCUAUUCAGCUUUGGAUCAAGCUUAUCAUUCAGAAAAACCAACUCAAGGUCAAAAUACAACAGAGACGUUGAAAGAAGUUCAAGCUAAAUAUUACAGUCUUCCUUAUGUUGAAAAUACCGCUUGGCAACUUCGUUUCUCUCACUUAGUUGGUUAUGGUGCCAAGUACUAUUCCUACCUCAUAUCAAAAACCAUAGCGUCGUGGAUUUGGCAGACGUAUUUCGAAGCAAAUCCAUUCAACAGGGAAUCAGGUGAAAAAUACCGACAAGAAGUUCUAGCGCAUGGUGGUGGUAGUCCUAGUCGACAGCUGGUAGCUAAUUUUUUGCAAAGAGAUGUAACCCCAAAGGCGUUAUCGCAAAGUUUAAUUCACGAGAUUGAUGUUAAUAAUGAAAAGAUCAAAGAAAUGAGUAAAAAGUUUAACUCUUCUCUUGGUCAAUGAAAAAUUCAUCAAGUGUGAUAAUGUUAAUUUGAUUUUAAAGUGAAUUUUAACAAAAACAAGUUAAAAAUCUACUUAAUAGAUAAAUUAAAACUCAGAUUUCGCCUUCGUGAGAGUUAAGCAAA